AUGUGUCAGAGAAAAUUUUACAUACUCCCUUUAGGUUUAAAAAUGAAAGUUGUUGGUCUCGUUAGUGGUGGAAAAGAUUCUAUAUACAAUUUAAUGAAAUGUGUUGAAAAUAAACAUGAAAUUGUUUGUCUUGCUAAUUUAUAUCCACCAACAUCAGGAAAUCAUGAAAUCGAUUCUCAUAUGUUUCAGUCUGUUGGAGCAGAGGCAAUUCAAUACAUUGGUGAAGCAAUGAAUAGUAUUCCUUUGUUUAGAAAAGUUAUUACAGGGAAGCCUGUUUCAAAAGAAUUAGAGUACGAACCAAAUGAUCAGGAUGAAGUUGAAGAUUUGUAUCUUCUUAUGCAAGCUGUUGUAACACAUUAUCCUGAUAUUGAAGCAAUAUCGGUGGGUGCCAUCAAAAGUACUUACCAAAAGAAUCGUGUUGAAAAUGUAUGUAAAAGAAUGGGACUUAAAAUGUUAGCUUAUUUAUGGGAUAGGGAUCAAACAGAAUUACUAGAUGACAUGAUUCAAGAUGGUGUUGAAGCAAUAAUUAUUAAAGUGGCUGCAUGUGGUUUAACAACGAAAUUUUUAGGACAAACACUAAAAGAAUCUCGUGAUCAACUUCUUCAACUUAAACAAAAAUUUGAUAUUAAUGUAUGUGGUGAAGGUGGUGAGUAUGAAACUUUUGUUAUUGACUGCCCUUUAUUUAAAAAACGUAUUAAUAUCAAUACAUGUGAAGCAGUUCUUCAUACACCACCAGAUGAAACAGUUUCUUAUCUUGUUUUACAUACAUUAGAAUGUAUACCCAAAGGGGAGCCUGAAACAUCAUAA